AGCAAAAAUAGCACAUAAUCAAUUCAAAACCCGAUCUUCGUCUCCGAUAAAAACACUCGCUUUCCUAAAACAACGAAACCCUAGAAUCGGAAAUCGAAUUCCUCAGAAAUCAUCGCCAUGGGGAACACCGAGAAAUUGAUGAACCAGAUCAUGGAGUUGAAGUUCACAUCAAAAUCGCUUCAACGCCAGUCCCGAAAGUGCGAGAAGGAAGAGAAGUCAGAGAAGCUCAAGAUCAAGAAGGCCAUGGAGAAAGGAAACAUUGACGGCGCUAGAAUCUACGCCGAGAACGCGAUCCGCAAGCGCACCGAGCAGAUGAACUACCUGCGGCUGGCGUCGCGGCUCGACGCCGUCGUUGCUCGGCUCGACACGCAGGCCAAGAUGACCACAAUCAACAAGUCCAUGGCGAACAUCGUUAAGUCUCUCGAGUCGUCCCUGGCCACCGGCAACCUCCAGAAGAUGUCGGAGACGAUGGAUCAGUUCGAGAAACAGUUUGUGAACAUGGAGGUCCAGGCGGAGUUCAUGGAGAGCGCCAUGGCUGGGUCCACCUCGUUGUCGACGCCGGAGGGCGAGGUCAACAGCCUGAUGCAGCAGGUGGCCGACGACUACGGGCUCGAGGUGUCGGUCGGGCUCCCGCAGCCGGCGGCGCACGCGGUGCCUGCCAAGGAGACCGAGAAGGUCGACGAGGACGAUCUCUCCAGACGCCUUGCCGAGCUUAAGGCUAGAGGUUAAAAUUUAUUUUUAAAGGGAAAUUGACCCAUGAUCAUGAGGAUUUCGUAUGCGCUAUGUAUUAUGUGAUUAUAUAUGUGAGUGAUUACUGCUGUUCACAAAAUUAGAACUUAUUAUGCGUGUAAAUUUGAUUGAGUUUAGCUUUCGCUCUGUUUUUUCUUUCAUACCAAUGACGUUAACUUUGUUGUGUGCUAGUGUUGAUGCCUUUUAACAUAUAAUUCCUGUCUAAGUU